UUGGGAGCUUGUGUUUCAGAACCUAAUCUCAAGAAAGUGAAGCAUUUCGGAUCCACUUGGACAAGACGCGGAAAGUAUGGGAGGAAGCUUAGAUGGAGUUCACAUGGAGAUUGAGCGGCGCUCAUGGCCAGUCUAUGUGGAAGAACGUUGCGAAGAGGAGGAUAUGCUGGGGUGGUCGUCGGUUGGAAUCCUGUAUCAUGGCUAACAGGACCAUUCAGGUGUAUCCUUGUUCGAGCGAAAAUCACCAGGAGUCAACCGCUCGCUGGGUCUAUGAUAACGAGGCUUCGGACAUUACCGGUUCAUUCCUCGAAUCCCCGGUUCUCAAGCAGCCUCACAGAAUAUCUGAUGCCAUUUGCCAGCAUUCAACAAUGCCAGAGAGAGAAGUUCAUGCAUAUGCAGGUCCAGUUACUGAAUCGCGGUACAGUGCCGCCAUGAAAAGUCUCACAUCCCACAGGACUCAACCGGCGUACCACGACUAUUCCGCAUCCACUGACAGAACACUCAAUACUGCUAGGGGUUGCCGACACUUUCGCAUGUCUAAAUCAACGACCUUGCCUGUGAAUGAGGCAGAUCAUAGCACCAACAUUAGCGCCUCGAAACACGACCAUCACCGUGAACUCCUUGGGAUUGAAACGUGACAGAGCGUGCCUCCUACAUCUCAAAAGAGCUAGCUCCAUCACUCAGUGCAGCAAAGAUCGUUGUACAUGAAGCGAGCCAAGCAUAGCACCGGCCUCUAUCUUCGAGCAUGCCAGUGAACCCUUAGUCCGUCUCGUCUUGGCACCGCCUCACAGAGGUUUCGCGCUGUACGAAACAGGGCUUCCGGAUUCUAGUACGGUCUCCAUUGACACUUUGGCUGUCUACCAUGGACGCCAAGAGUUCCUGGCUCGCCUCAGGGAAGUUUCACCUUAGGUUUGUAUCACGGGAAAUGGCCUUGGCA